GACAAAGACAGAGAUCAGAAGUACGGCACAGAGCAUCACGGGUGUGGGGAGGACCUAAUUCAGAUAGACUGGCCGGCAAAGGGCUCGCCAGGUGACAUUUCUAGAGCUCUGGUCUGUAGUAAGCGUCCAGUAACAACGGCGCAAUUGUUUGUCUCUUGGCUCCGCUGCUUUGUAGUUGGGUGACCUUGGACGAGCCAGCUGACCUCCCUGUUUUAUUUCCUGUAAAAUGGAGAGAAUAGAACUUGCUUCAUAGUGUCGUCGUGCGGAUUAUAAAGGCGUUAACAUAUACGUGAAGCGCAUAGCAGAGCGCCUGGAGCAUAGUAAGCGCUAUGAGUUAACAGUUAUUGUCACUGUCGCUAUGGCAGUAACAGAAAACUCUGCAGGGCAGUUCGGAAUCCCCCAGAAAUCCUAGAUGAGCCAAACUCAGCCUCAUUCUGUGAGGCGGUAUAUACCCCUCGUCCUUAUCCCCAUGGACGGUGUUCUAUAGAGCGGGGUGGCUGCCAACACACACAUAGGCGUCCUUGGCAAUGAUAAAGACCCACUUGAGACAGCUGGAACCUACUAAAGCCCCUGGCUGCCUAGAUUUUGGGUACAGAGGACUUCUUGGAAGAAGAGGAUAUUGGAGGAAUAAUAGAACUCUGUUGGCGAAUAACACGAACCCCUCUCAAACCGGCUUAAUCCUCAAAAGGGAUGUUAACUGGCUGCUAGAACUGCCAAGGCCUGGGUGUAUCCAGCUUCAGGCAGAGCUGAAUCCAGCCCUUGGGUGUAUCAGGACAGUACGCCAUCACCUGGCCGUUUCGUCUGGGUCGGCUUUACCUUAGAGCAGGCGCUCUCCCUGUGGUGGCAGAUGGGCCUGCUCCAGCUCCAGGACUGUAUCCUCUUAGCUUGAUAAUCCCGGUAGAAGGAGAGUACCUCUUUCCAGUUACUUCUCCCAAAUAUUCGAAGGCUGGUUACCCUGGGUCUGGGUGGGGCCAUGUGCCUGUCCAUGAACCAAUCCGUGUGGCCGAAGGGCGGGAUAACUGCUCUGAUUGGCCAGGCCUGGGUCAGGGGCUCUGAUUGGCCAGGCCUGGGUCAGGGGCUCUGUGCUGGGGCUCCAGGCGGGGCUCUCCAAAGGAGAAUCUGGAGCUCUUUUCAGAGAUGGGAGGAAUGGAUGCUAGGCAACAAAAACAACAGCUGUCCCGGAAAGAGACGGUUCCACCCUCAGGAAUGAAGGCAGAAAUCAAGGCGAGAAAGAUGAGAACCCACCCAGCCCUCGCCUUCCUCCUGCUCUUCGUGAUCGCCUCCGGGGCCUCCGAGAACGCCAGCACGUCCCGGGGCUGCGGGCUGGACCUCCUCCCUCAGUACGUGUCCCUGUGCGACCUGGACACCAUCUGGGGCAUCGUGGUGGAGGCGGUGGCCGGGGCGGGCGCCCUGAUCACGCUGCUCCUGAUGCUCAUCCUCCUGGUGCGGCUGCCGUUCAUCAAGGACAAGGAGAAGAAGGACCCCGUGGGCCUCCACUUCCUCUUCCUCCUGGGGACCCUGGGCCUCUUCGGGCUGACGUUCGCCUUCAUCAUCCGGGAGGACGAGACCAUCUGCUCGGUCCGCCGCUUCCUCUGGGGCGUCCUCUUCGCGCUCUGCUUCUCCUGCCUGCUGAGCCAGGCGUGGCGCGUGCGCCGGCUGGUGCGACACGGCAAGAGCCCGUCGGGCUGGCAGCUGGCGGGCGCGGCCCUGUGCCUGAUGCUGGUGCAGGUCAUCAUCGCCGUCGAGUGGCUGGUGCUGACCGUGCUGCGCGACGCGAAGCCGGCCUGCGCCUACGAGCCCAUGGACUUCGUGAUGGCCCUCAUCUACGACAUGGUCCUGCUGGCGAGCGCCCUGGGGCUGGCGCUCUUCACGCUGUGCGGCAAGUUCAAGAAGUGGAAGCAGAACGGGGCGUGCGUCCUGGUCACGGCGUUCCUGUCCGCGCUCAUCUGGGUGGCCUGGAUGACCAUGUACCUCUUCGGCAACGCCGAGCUGCGGCAGGGGGACGCCUGGGGCGACCCCACCUUGGCCAUCACGCUGGUGGCCAGCGGCUGGGUCUUCGUCAUCUUCCACGCCAUCCCCGAGAUCCACUGCACCAUCCUGCCCGCCCCGCAGGAGAACACGCCCAACUACUUCGACACGUCGCAGCCGAGGAUGCGCGAGACGGCGUUCGAGGAGGACGCGCAGCUGCAGCGGACGUACAUGGAAAACAAGGCCUUCUCCAUGGACGAGCACAGCGCAGCCCUGCGGACAGCAGGAUUUCGUAAUGGCAGCUUGGGAAACAGGCCCAACGCUCCGUUUAGAAGCAACGUGUAUCAGCCGACCGAGAUGGCCGUCGUGCUCAACGGCGGGACCAUCCCAACUGCUCCGCCAAGUUACACUGGAAGACACCUCUGGUGAAAGACUUAAGUUCCAGAGAGUAAGACUCUGACCGAUUUUAGUCCCUGGCUGUGUCUUUCUUGAGGGGGAAAGCACUAACCGCAGCCUAACGAGGCCGCCUCACAGCCGGGAGGUCUGGAGAUCCCAGACGAGGCGGUUUCGUGUAAAUGUGAACACUGCUGAACAGAAAAGCUAACACCGACUGCCCUCCCCUCCCCCUCGCCACACACGCACACACACACACACGUGCGCACACACACACGCACAUACCAAACCAACCUCAAUCCCUGCAAACUAAAGCAAAGCUAAUUGCAAAUAGUAUUAGGCUCACUCGAAAAGGUAGCGGGGAAGCCUGAGUCACCCCUGAGGGUAGAACGGAAGCCAGUGCACAGCCGAUGGGCCAGGCUGGUGGGUGUUAGUGGCACAGGGCGGUCCCCCACAGCAUCGCCCCGGGGGGGCCUCCUGGAGGUGCCCAUUUCAUUGAGGAGGGCCAGUGGGGACCUGCACAUGGUGGGGUGGGGGGGAGUCAGGAGCAGUUUCAGGAGGUUGUGGGUGCGAAUCCAAGGAGAGGCCCAGUCGAAUCCUGGGGUGAGCUCUCCAACCAGUAGUGGUUGGAGGGAUGCUGACAUGUGCCAAAAACGGGGUGCUGUCUGCAAGUCGAAGUGACCGUCACGUUUAGAAAGCGGUGGCCUUCUGUGGGCCUCUUGCUCUGGCAUCGGUGGCAGGAAUGUAAGCCAGCCUCCCGCCCUGGUGUUGCCAUAGCAACCCUGUGGCUCGGGGCAGCUCCCCUCCCGUGAUCCUCUCUCCUGCUCCCCGCACUCAGCAGCGCCCCCUCCAACGCCCUCUCCCAAUCCGAGCCCCACGUUCAUUUCGAAAGCUCCAGUGGGGCCGACCCCCUGGGCUGGCAGGCCAGAAGGAGGCACCCCAGACGGUCUUCUGAGAUGAUGUCACGUGGCAUGGCGUCCCGGGGUGCCCUCUGAGAUGGAGCGGUGGCCCCCCGAUGUAGUGAGAGCCCCAGGGUGGGGGGGGUGGGGGGGAGCACCCACGUUUCCCCUGCUGCUUCCACAGGGUUGGGGGACAUUUUUGACUUGGUUUUCUGCAAGUUCCAUGGAAACGGUCCUCUUCAAAGCCCAUUGUUUUUCUGUCAUGGUUUCCAUCUGUCCUCAGCAAGUCAUUCCUUGGUUCUGUGGCAUGUCGAACAUCUCGGCCAUCCCCAGCCCCAUGUUCUCUGCGCUGUUUGGCCAGCAUAACCGCUAGCGACGACUCAAAGCCAAGGGUCUUAACCUGGCGGCCCGGAGCGCGCACACGAGGGUGGGGCCUUCUGCACACACUCUAAUCACUGCAUCGCUUGUGUCUAUUAAAACAACCCAUAAGCCUUUAACCUUUCAAUAAAAUGAAAAAGGUUAGUUUUUUUUGAGGGGGGGAACUGACCUCUUCAUAAGCCGAUAUGUCUGAGCUGAGUAUGUUUUAAUAAACCUUCUGAUUUUUCUCGAG